AUGUUCCUGCGGCAACGCUGCAGCUAUUUCACUUUACUUCGACCCCAUCGUUCAUUUACACUUUCUCCAAUAGUCAGACCGCCUUCAGCUGCCUAUUACUCCCAUAAACUAGUCAAGCUGUUACCUCAAAAGAGAUCAAUCACGUCUGUCGAGACUCUAAAUUACAACCCGGAAUUCAAACGAACCAAACAAGACUCUGUAACCAUGAGUACUGGCGAAACAGUGGUUCCAACUGUCUAUGGAGUUUGCAAACCCCUCGGAGCCGAAAUGAAAGUUGUGCUUUCUAACCGGGAGGCUCAAAUCUGUGAUUUGCUAAACGAUGUCGCAGAGCACUUGAAAGCAACCCGAGCGGAUCUACCACCUGUCACUUUGCGAAUUGCUGGCGGCUGGGUCCGAGACAAACUGCUAGGCAAAACGUGUCAUGAUCUGGACGUGGCAGUUAGUACCAUGAUGGGAUAUGACUUUGCCGUGCACGUCAAUGAAUAUUUGACGUCCAAAGGCUAUGAAACUCGAAGCAUUGCCAAAAUAGAUUCCAACCCGGAUAAAUCCAAGCAUUUGGAGACCGCUACUACCAAGCUAUUUGAUCAAGAAAUUGAUUUUGUAAAUUUGCGAAACGAAAUAUAUAAUGAAGACAGUCGUAUUCCUGCGCAAGUGACGUAUGGAAGUCCGUCGGAAGAUGCCUAUCGACGAGAUAUUACCAUCAACACACUAUUUUUUAAUGUCCAUACGCUACAAGUCGAAGAUUAUACCAAACAGGGAUUACAAGAUUUAGCAGACGGAUUAAUUCGAACCCCCCUCCCAGCGUUCAAAACGUUUUGUGACGAUCCACUUCGUGUUCUUCGUUGCAUUCGAUUUGCAAGUCGGUUUGGAUUUGAAAUUGCGGAUGAUAUUGUGCAAGCCGUCAAGGAUGAAAAAAUAAAGCAUGCACUACUUGCAAAGAUUAGUCGCGAGCGUAUAGGCAUAGAAGUCGACAAGAUGCUUCGUGGACCAGCACCUCGACGGUCGCUUGAUUUGAUCUACUCUUUUGGAUUGUACGAAAUUGUGUUUGCUCCACCGCAAAAGGAUGUCCAAGGAGAACUGCAUGACACGCAAAGGAGCACACAGGCCUCAAAACUUGUGGAAUGGCUUUCUCAGGCGAAUGUCACUAACCUAUCGCCCACCUCGGACCUGGAGCAAUUGAGACUGUUAUAUCUUGCUACCAACCUGAUACCCUACUGUGGCAUGACGUAUACCCAAAAGGGUCGAGCGCUGCCUGCUGUGGAAUUCGUCCUUCGGGAAUCGCUAAAGGUCAAAAACGAAGAUAUCAACACAGUAUCGAUGGUGUUCAAGCGGAUUGAACAAAUCCAGCAAGCUGUGCGAAAUAAUUCGGAAAAAGCAAUUGACAGAGCAGAUUUGGGUAUGUUUAUUCGGGAAGUCGAUUACGUUUGGCCGCUGGCUGUGAAGGUGUCAUUUAUCGCUGGUCUUUUAUCAUAUCAUGACACGAUUGGAGUAACCAAAGGUAAAAAAAAAAAAACCAAGAGAAAACUAAGUUUUUUCCAAGCGUUUUCUCAUGGUCAUGUUCAUUCGGGAUCGCUAAACCAAGCUCGUCUUACUAUAGAUAUACCACCUGAAGCUCAGAGCAUCAUCAGCAUGUAUCAAAAAUUAGUUCAGCAGACGCUCGAUUAUGGAAUUGAGAAUUGUUAUACGUUCAAACCGAUUCUGGAUGGUAAAACAGUUGCCAAAAUGCUAUCGAUCAAACCGGGAAAAGUUAUUGGCGACCUGCUAAAGGAGGUCAUGGCAUGGCAACUUGGACAUCCAUCUGGGACGACGGAGGAAUGUCAGGACUUCAUCAAGCUAGUUUGGCAACGUCGUCAACAAUCAUAAUAAUAAAAAGAGUAGAUCUGGCAGAUAAAAUUUGA